UAUCUCCACCUUUUUCUCAUGGUUUUCUUCUCAGAGGGGAGGGGGCAGAGAAAGGCGAGGUUCUCUUGUCACAUCUGUCAGUCAGCCGGCCUGUGCCCCGCCCACCUCUGAGGAGGCAUUACAUACUGCUGCUGCUCCUGCUCUUAGCAACCGUGCCUCAGCAACAGAGCCACGGCAACAGAGCUCCACGGCAACAGCGUGCCGUGUCUCCCCAAUGGAGCUGCCGUUGGGCGGACCAGCGCUUAGGCACUACACCCAAAGCAGACCAAGACCUCACCGACAAAAACUGAACUACCGCCCCAGCAGACCGCAGGAGACUAUAAUAGAGAGUGAAAAUGAAGUCCUUGAGCACAUGGGAAGGGUGGAUGAAGGUGUCGAGGAGUUCUUUACUAAGAGAGUACUUCCUACUGAUACACUGAAAACACAAGAUGAGGAAACUAUCACAGUGCAUGAGGUGGCUCCUGCAAGCUCUGUACCUUGUCCACCCCAGACCAAAACACUCAGGAGGAAGCUUGGCGAUUUUUUUACGCUCAAAAAGAGACGAGGUCUGAAGUCAGAAACGAGCCAUGACGGGCGUCCCAAAAAGACCUCCAUCACUGAUCUCAUCCGCCCGCUCCGGGAGGCCGCUAGAGCCGAGAAAGACAAAGACAAAGAAAGAGUCAAGGAGCACGACAAGGAGAAUGAAAAGGAGAAAGCGAAAGAGAAUCCAAGCGCUGGAGAGUCAGCUGUUCAGGAGACACCUGUUUCUGGUGCCCCAACGCUGAGAGGUGAAGGGGUGCCUCCCCGUCGAGCUCUCAGAGAGGGGAAGUCCCAGUCUCUCAUUCUGCUGUCUGGAUCAGCAGCAGCAGGGACUCCUUAUGGCAGAAAUACUGGAAAGAAACAGUUGGAGGGCCAACAUAGCUUUGAACAGAAACUCCAUCUCAUGCUUCAACGUAUUGGAGUUUCCAAAGUCCCGCCAGGAGAGACACAGAAUCAGGAGGGAGAGAUGAAAAAAGCAGAAUCCGAGGGAACUAUCAUUGACAGUAAGCCGGAGCCACCACCUACGUUCACAAAACCUCGAACCAUGUCUGCAUCGUCAGAUACGAGGCAUCAAAUGCGUCCAAGUGUGUCAGCACAUGAGUCAGCUGGGAAACCCGCUUUGCUCCCAAAGCCAGUUAUCAAACCAGGUCCCCCACCCUCAACAUCUGGACGCAACACACCUGAGAACGAGCUCGCCCAAAUACAGGAGGCAGAGACAAAUACACCCACUAAACUGAGUCCGGCUACAUCUACCCCUGCUACCCCUGAUAUCAAUGCUAUCACCACCACCACCACCACACCUACUGUACCGACAAUCUCAAACGCAGUCCCCAACUCAACCGAUUCUAUGAUUUCUUCUUCAAGUAGUGUAGCGUCCUCAGACACAUACAAAUGCACCGACUCUGUUAACCCUCCUGCAGAAGCUACAACACCCACUAAUGUAACAGAGCUUGACAGCAAACAGCUUAUCCCUGAAUCUGAGGCUAACACCCCUGAAAAACCCACUUCUACCAGCACGACUACACCCACAGAGCCUCCCACUACUGUCUCAAUUACUUCCAUUUCCUCUGAGCCCAUUAGUCCAAGACUCUCCAUCACUUCCAGCUCAACGACCAGAACUACACCUUCCAUAUCCACCUUGGAAACUGUGUCUGCUCCCAGCAACAAAAUUCAAGUUUCCAUAGCAUCAACAAAUCUGCAAACUGAAUCAAGCAUUUGCUCUGCUGAUGCUACACCUGGUGUUGGUGUUGAUGCAGCUGUUUCUGUCAACAACACUGCUUCGUCACCCUCCACCUGCACAUCAGAUUCACAAUCAGUCUUUUCUACUAACAACAAUCUAAUUACUGAAGCUCGUGGUGAUACCACUUCAGCCACCUCAGCUAGCUGUGUAACGGUAGCUUCACCAGUCACUAAAACAUCUCCGCCUCCUGACCCAAUUGAUGCCAUCGCAUCUCCAUUUUCACCUGACACCCCCAUUUCCUCUUCCUCCACCCUGAUCCCUUCUGACCUUUCACUCACCACCACAACCACCACCACUGCAAGCCCAACAUCCACCGACUGCAUUGACUCUACUUCUACCAUUCCUCAUCCAACCACAUCUAGCCCUGCUGAUAUGUCUAUUCCCUCCACGUCAUCCAGUGAAACAAACCCCACAGACACCACCACCACCACAACCAGUACUGUAAAACGUUCAGAUUCCACUUCCACCACCAGUUCAGCAAAUGCUGCUGCUAUUAGUUCUCCACCUACGACUGACUCAGACCAACCUUACACCAUCAGUGUAAGCACUACCCUCACGCCAACUAUCUCUGACCUCUCCACGACUGAUAACUCAAGUGCUGCUUUUCACCAUCUGACCACUCCAGCUCCUUCUAAAGAAAGUCCAGGCCCAGAUACAGAUUUACAGAAAUCUCCUGAAGACAGAGCCAGUGUAGAGCCUGCAGAGAAGGACUCAGAUGAGGUGCUUAAGACGGUACAAAAGAGCAAUGGAACUGAGAUGGAUGAGAGCGAGACAGUUGAUGAUGCAGAGGAAAGCAAGGAGGAAAAUGAAGAAGUGCAGGAACAAGCUGCGAAACCUGAGGAGGACACAAUACAAACAGAAGUAGUAAUGGCUAAGCCUGCACCAGGAAAAGAUGUUGAUGAGGUGCUGAUAGAAGGUGAAAAACAAGAAGAAACCAAGUCUGAGGCUGAGAAGUAAUUCAAAAACCAUGAUGUUGCUAAAAACGGGACCAACUACUGUGACGGGCAGGACAGACCACAGUAAAGGGAAAAUGAGUGGAAAAGAUCCAUGGCACUUCCUACAGGGACCACCACAUUACAGCAGCACACCACAAAGGGUGGGCCACUGGACCAAAGAACUGAGAUCCCUUUGGUGUUAUGUAAUCAACAAAUCCAGCAGUGUCUUUGUCCUUUUUUAACCUAUGUUUGAAUUUUUGCAUUGCACGUAUGAUUAUGUACCAUAUGACAACUACACCAUGUUUACAAUAGAUGGAUAAGAGACAUAGUUAUGAAUAUUAAAUGGAUUAUUGAAUUGA